AUGGGUACAUCAUCUGGUUCUAACAUACACCACCAGCCUUCAUCCAAGAUGUUGCCUCCGCGACAACAACCCCGCCAAGGAGGACUUCAAACAUCCUUGUCCCUAGUUUCCUCAGAUCCUCGCUUGUCUCCUGAUCCCCAGGAACCGAGAUCAAACUCAGAUAAUAUUCGUGAGUCCCCUACUGAGAGUGCUAGUUCUAGAGAAACUUGGCCUACUGCUGAUGCUGUUAUGGCAAAGAAGAUGGAGAAUGGGAAAACAGAGAAUGAUUGUCCUGAACAGUCUGUCAUUCGCCGUGUUUCUAGUGCUGAUAAGAUAUCUCUUCGUGACAUAGCAAGAGAACGGGUUGAUGUCAUUUCUGAAAAGAUGCAUCGUUUGCCUGAUGAGCUUCUAGAAGAACUGAAGCAUGGACUUCGAGUUAUUCUUGAAGGAAAUGGUGGUUCUCAUCAUAGGGAGGAAUUUUUAAUGUUGCAGAAGCUUGUUCAGAGUAGAUCUGAUUUGACAGCAAAGACAUUAAUUAGAGCGCAUAGAGUACAACUUGAAAUCCUUGUUUCAAUUAAUACUGGAAUUCAAGCAUUUUUGCAUCCAAGCAUUAGUCUUUCGCAAACAUCCCUCAUUGAGGUCUUCGUUUUCAAAAGAUGCAGAAAUAUAGCAUGCCAAAAUCAACUUCCAGCUGAUGAUUGUACUUGUGAAAUAUGUACCAAAAGAAAUGGUUUUUGUAAUCUGUGCAUGUGCGUUAUCUGUAACAAGUUUGAUUUUGAAGUCAAUACUUGUCGUUGGAUCGGCUGCGAUUUGUGUUCUCAUUGGACUCAUACAGAUUGUGCUAUCCGGGAUGGACAAAUUUGUAUGGGCCCAUCUGUAAAGAGUGGACCUGGUCCAACUGAAAUGCUUUUUCGAUGUCGUGCAUGCAAUCGAACAUCUGAACUCCUAGGGUGGGUGAAAGAUGUUUUCCAACAUUGUGCACCAGCAUGGGACCGAGAGGCUCUAAUGAGAGAACUUGAUUUUGUGAGUAGAAUCUUCCGAGGAAGUGAAGAUAGUAGAGGCAGGAAACUUUUUUGGAAAUGUGAGGAGCUUAUUGAUAAAAUGAAGAGUGGGCUUGCAGAGUCAACUGCCUGCAGAGUAAUUCUGAUGUUUUUCCAAGAACUUGAGGUUGACUCUCCAAAGAGCUUGGAAAAUGGGGAGGGUGGUAGGCUAAUAGCUCCACAGGACGCAUGCAACCGAAUUGCUGAUGUGGUGCAAGAGGCCAUAAGGAAGAUGGAGAUGGUGGCUGAUGAGAAGAUGAGAAUGUUUAAGAAAGCGCGCAUGGCCCUUGAAGCUUGUGACCGUGAACUGGAGGAGAAGGACAAGGAAGUUGCAGAACUACAACUAGACAGGCAAAAGAAGAAGGUACAGAUAGAAGAGCUGGAGAGAAUUGUGAGGCUUAAGCAGGCAGAGGCUGAUAUGUUCCAGCUUAAGGCCAAUGAGGCAAAAAGAGAAGCUGAGAGGCUGCAGAGGAUUGCUCUUGCUAAGACUGACAAAUCAGAGGAAGAAUAUGCCAGCAGCUACCUCAAACUUCGUUUAAGUGAAGCAGAAGCAGAAAAACAGUAUCUAUUUGAGAAGAUUAAGCUGCAGGAGAGUUCACGAGCAUCACAAAGCAGUGGUGGUGGUGACCCUUCUCAAGUGUUGACCUAUUCCAAAAUUCAUGACUUGCUUAAUGGCUACAAUGGCCCCCCUAAGUCAGAAUUGCAGCCAAAUGAUCGCCAUCAUUUCAGGACAAAUCCUUGAGGAACUGCUUUCUGAUUUGUUAUAUAUUAAAUUAAUUAUGCGAUUAGGAAUGUGACUCUCUUUGUGAACAAAUGUGAAUGAAAUGCUAGUUGUUUCAUUUCGUUGUUGAACUUUUAACUCACAGCUUCACUAUUUGUAGGCAUUAGCAAUUAGAAAGCUGAUAUUAAGCGGUAAGUGGUUCUUUUUUUCGAUAUAGCCUUUCUGCAUAAAGAUGUAUUAUGCAUUUGCAGUUUUUGCUUACUUAAAUUCAACGGUCCUCUGUGAAUGUACAA